AUGCAGAAGUUUCAGCAUCGGAGCCGUCUGUCUGGAGACUUGAAUGAUGCUGACUGUUCCCUGGUUAUUGACAACAUCACACAGGAAGAUGAAGGGCCAUAUUAUUUCAGGAUUGAGUUUGCCGGAAAUGAUUGUUACAACUAUCAGCCUGUCACGCGGCUCCGUGUCUCUGAUUUCACAGAUAAACCCAUGAUAUUCGCUGCAGAACUUGUUGAAGGAAAGUCUGUGACCAUAACCUGCAUCUUCAACACCACAUGUGAUGGAACUUCACCCAACUUAACCUGGGUCACCCCCACGGAUGUACCACCAUCAGUCUCAAGCAGUGUAACUCGGUGGCACAACACUCUGACAUAUACUUCUGUCCUGACCAUGACCCCAGCGCACAAACACCACGGGCAAAAUCUCACCUGCAGAGUCAGAUACCCAUCAGUUUCAUCGGAGCAGACUCUCACACUAACUGUGCAGUAUAAGCCUGAGAUUUCUCGGGACUCAGGAUGCACUCGGACCCCCGAUGUCAUCACAUGUGUGUGUGCGGCCAGAUCAAACCCACCCGGAGAGCUCACCUGGCACCUCCCCCUCGCCAACCUCAGCGGGAACCAGACGCACGGUCGUUUCCAGACGUGGCAGGUGGCAGACGGGCAGCUGGUGACUAGCUCGCUGACGAUGGGUGUGGGCGAGGGAGAGGAGGAUGUGACCGCCUUCUGUACUGUCCAAAACCAACAUGGAGAGGUCAUGUUCGCAGUUUCCCAGUGGAUGACAGCUGAGGGAGAGUCGUCCAAGAUACUACUCAUCUCAUUGGCUGUAAGAGGAGUUCUUUUUCUUCUUGCAACAGUGGCUGUGAUUUGGUUAGUUAAAUCCUACUGGAAAACUGACAAGUGAGUAUUGGGAAACCUCCCAAAAAUUUCUGAAACCUCCUUCGGAACAUGUAAUUCUCCUUUUCUCUGUAAUGCCCUCUGGUCCCAACACACCCCUCCCAUCUCUGUUAUCUCCUCCAGCCCCUGCACUCCUCCCCGUCUAAGUCAGCCCCUCCACAGCUACACCCCCUCACCUGGACCCCAGCCUCUCUCAUUGCACCUUGCCCCAGUUAAAUGUUGUCCUCAAAUCUGUUCCUAGUCCAACCAGAAAUGUAGAAAGACCUGUGCCAACGGAUUUGUAUGAAAUGGUCUCGUACAGCAGCAGGAAAUGAGAUGA